AUGCCCGGAAGACUCGUCGAUUCGGCAUGCCGAACAUGCCUCCAUCAGGCACUGUCCCGGAGGACCGCGACUAUACGUCCUCAUUCCUUCCGAGGACACCUCAUCCAGAGUGCGCAGACACCUCCACAAGCACGAUGCUUCGGCGCGGCGCCAUCGCUGCGCUCGCCAGCAGCACCCAAGUCGAAAGACAGAGGACCGCCGAGUAAGGAGGACACGCAGACAGACUUCAAUGCCAUGAACGUCCUGGGCAACACCCCCGCGCCUACGACCGGUGUAGACGCAUGCAUGGACGACGGCUUCGCCUUGAACAGCGGUCUCAGAGUCACAGGUGCAGGCGUCAUGCUGAUCGGGGGAGAAGCAUUCAAAUGGCGGCCCUGGAUCAGCGAGGGCAGGAAAGAAGGCACAAUCGGCGCGGGAGCUACAGGAAACGAUGAAAAAGGCGUGAAGAGUCCGGGCGGGAAAAUACAAAACGCGAAAGGGCAGCUGGACGUAGACAAGCAUGCCUGGGGGAUACUGGAUCUGGCGUGGCCGAAGCCGGAUCUGCUCAUCUUGGGCACUGGACGCUCGAUUGUGCCGCUGAGUCCGGAGACGAGGAGUCAUAUCAAUAGUCUGGGUGUCAGGCUCGAGGUGCAGGAUACGAGGAAUGCGGCGGCGCAGUUCAAUAUGCUGGCUACAGAGAGAGGGGUGCAGCAGGUGGCGGCCGCGCUGGUGCCGAUUGGGUGGCGGGAAGGGAAGUGA